CGGGACUGCAACUGUGUUGUCAAAUUUGUCAAAUAGAGACGAAAUAUUUUGGUAUUUUUUUAAUACGCUAGAGAGCAGCACUUGAUCAUGUGAUUAAGGCUGAAAGUUUUUCUCGUAGUCACCUGUCAUUGAAAAUAUUCUGUAAUUUUUUUAAAUUUAAAGAAAAGUGGUAACGAAUUUGACAAAAAAGAAAAACUAAGCUGAUACAAUGGCCCAGUUACGUACGAUUGUUGGAAAAACAUUUCUUUGGCUGUUCGUUGCCGUCUGUACGGUGUUGAUCUUCUACCAUGUCUUUACUGGCAAGGGUGAACGUGUCAGCGUUGGCUGGUUCUUGUCCGUAUCCUCGCCCUAUAUGUGGGCUUGUUUGGGCAUUGGAUUGGCUGUAGCCUUAUCUGUGGUCGGUGCUGCUUUGGGUAUACACACAACUGGUACCAGCAUAGUGGGUGGUGGUGUAAAGGCUCCUCGUAUCAAAACAAAGAAUUUAAUUUCCGUUAUCUUCUGCGAAGCCGUAGCCAUUUAUGGCCUCAUCACUGCCAUUGUUUUGUCCGGUUUGUUGGAAGCUUUCAAGAUGGAAACUGCCAUCAACAAUCAAACCGUAAUGAAUAACAAUUGGACUGCUGGUUACGUUAUGUUUGGAGCUGGUCUGGCCGUUGGCUUGGUUAACUUGUUCUGUGGUAUUGCUGUAGGUGUUGUUGGUUCCGGUGCCGCCUUGGCCGAUGCCGCCAAUUCAGCUCUCUUUGUGAAAAUCCUGAUUGUUGAGAUUUUCGGUUCCGCCAUUGGUCUCUUUGGUUUGAUUGUUGGUAUUUACAUGACCUCCAAGGUGAAGAUGGGUGACAAGGAGUAAAGUGUACUCUCUGGAGUUCCACCCAAAACAGAAGAUUUAUCUUCAUACCAGCCAUUCCAUCAAAUACAUAUAUUACAAUUGGAAAAGACCAAAUAAAUCAAUAUAUACCUAUAGACAGAAUAUUUUUCUCGCCAUAGUGAAUUACAAAACAACCUAUCCCAGAGACAGGGAGAGAGUGUGUGUGCGUGUUGCAGGAUGUUUUAUCUACGCGAAAUAAAAAUAAACAUAUAAAGUGUAAGGACUUAUUAUAAGUACGAUAUUGAAUUAACUUAAUCUUUUGUGGAACAUGUAUUUUCGAACACUCAGCAUCAACCAAGAUAAUACAUGUUCUCAAAGAUUGAAUAUUUCUUUCUUCAUUUUCAUAAUAAUGAAUGAAUGUAUUUAUUUUUCUCUUUGCUGGUUGUCUUUUUUAAGUUUCUCUUUUUAACUGUUAAACAUGUAUUAUUUUUUUAAAAAAUACCUAUCAAUAAUUAUAUACAUACAAAUUGAUUUAACUAUAUUAAAUGGAAAUUGUAAAAAGUAUUGAAUAUAUCAAUAAAUAUCGA